CACAAGGCUUCUACCACCCGCUUUUAUUAAUUGCUUUGACAUUCCAAUGGACUACUCACACACAUCUAUCGCUAGCUCUCUGAGGUGCCAAGUUAUUGUCCCGCGACGAAACCAAGCUCCAAGUGAGACGGUUUCGAGAUGGUCGGACCACAAUGUUGAGUUCCCGGCAAUGAUCGUACGACCAAAUUCGGAACAGGACAUUGCCGAUUCCAUCAAACUUGCCAGAAACAACGAGUUGAUCCUCCUCCCAGGGAACGGUGGUUGUGCAUCCUGGGUCCCCAUCACCGCCAAAACCAUGUACUUGGACAUGAAAAACUUCAACAAUGUAAUUGUCGAUCAGUCGUCGAGCACUGUACGUGUCGGCGGCGGUGCUUCUACCGGCGAGGUUAUCAAGGCCGUCGUGGCAGCAGGCUAUUAUACAUUAUGGUGCAACUCCAAUGCCGUCGGAUACGUCGGUUCCAUCCUGGGCGGCGGUAUCAGCCCUUUCACGGGGCUUCAUGGUUACCUUAUCGAUGCUGUCGAGUCGAUACAGCUCAUCACCACCGAUGGACAAAUCCUCGACGUGGGGCCAUCAUCAGAAGGCGAAGAAAAAGCUCUGUUCAACGCCCUAUGUGGUGCUGGUCACGGUCUUGGGAUUAUCACAUCAGUCGUUAUGAAGGUCUUCUCAUUGAAGAUCUUGAACAUGACUGAGGACUGCUUCUGGACACGCAGGGUCGUCUUCCCUUCUAGUGCUAUCGAAGCUGCUGCCAAGGCAUUCACGCAAUUCAGCGACCCAGAUCCUCACCUAGUCAUCAACAUGGUCUUUUUCAGAGCACUGCCUAGUACAUCAGCUCUGGGGUCACCUAUGAUUACACUCACAGCGUCCUAUUUCGGGCCCUCCAACGAAGCUGAGCAAGCCGCAACUGUCCUAUUUGAUCAAAGCAUCAUCGGCAAAGCGGUCGAAGCAGAGACCCUCCUUGUCUCUGUGGCUACCGCAAACGACAGAAAUAAUCAUAUGAAUAUCCACGGUGGUUUCAAGGAUACCUGGAGUUGCUUUGUGAGCUCAGUAGAUGGCGCGGCCAUCAAGGAGAGUUUCGAAAGGUGGGUCCAGGUCGCUGAGCGAGACCAGGGCGCAAAACGAACUUUGGUCCUUUGGGGCCGGUUCAAUACGAACAUGGCUGUCAGCCUAGGGCAAAGCCCAGAAGGACAGGGAAAGUUCCUCGGAGUACGAGACCGCGGUGUCUUCACCAAUGUGGUCAAGUAUGCGGAUACACUAGAAUCGAACAGGGCAUUAGAUCAGUUUUGCUAUGAUCAUCUAGAUAUCGCCAGACGGAGAGAUGCAGGCCUGCCUAGGAUGUUAGCAAACAACCGGAGACCGGGCAUAAAUCUGCAAGAAUUGUACCCCAAGGAAAAGGUUGCCGAGUUAAUGAGGGUCAAACAGGUGUGGGAUUCGGAACAAUUGUUGUGGAGCCCAUUUUGAAGAAAGUUUGUUGGUAUCAAGGUGAUCAUGACGUAUUUGAAAUCUGGAACAGAAAAUCUGCAUCAGGUUCGAUCGUUUGACUUGUAAUUAUAUGUAU